GCCCAGCGUGGGUGUGGAGUCCCGCGCUCCCGCCCCAACCGCUCUGCCCCGAGCGGCGAUGGCGCGCAAGGAGGGGCCCGAGCCUGAGGCAGGGCUGAGUCCCGAGAGCCCCGAAGACAAGGAGCCCGACGGGACGGAGGUGCAGCUGGUGUUGCCGCGGUCCGGCGUGGAGACGGCGUUGGAUGGCCAGGCUUCCCGGUACUUCGCCUCGCUGGACGCCAGCAUCGGGGCCCUGCAGCAACGCGCGCAGCAGCUCAUCAACCGCGUCAACGACAGCCGCAAGGACGACCACACCGUCAUGAGCGGCUUCAGGGAGAGCCUGCUGUUGAAGGUGUCGGGGCUGGCGGAGCAGCUGGAAGAGCGGCUUUUCCAGCGCUACGAUGUCCACAACGCGCUCAUCCAGGAGCGGCUGCAGCAGUUGGCAGCUGUCGUGGAGCGUGUGGAGCAGGCGCAGGCCGAGCUGCAGCAGGUCUGCCGCACUGUUGAGGCAGCCUACCGCGACCUCUGCCUGCAGCCCGAGGCCUGAGGGCACCCCGAAAACCACAGGAUCCACCCCGAACCCCCAGAGCCACCCCCAAAGCCCACACAGACCCACAGGAACCACCCAGAGACCCCCCAGACCCACGGGAGCCA